GUGAGUUGGAGGCUGUACAUGGCAAUUUAUUUGUUCAGUGAUUCUAUAUGGGGACAUCAACUUUGCAAUUCCUUUGUUAGCAGAAGUUGAAAAAAAAAAAAAAAAAAAAAAAAAAAACACAGUCUGGCUUGUUGACAGGAACUUCCUUCCAAGAGGUACACAGCGAAUCAACUAAAACCUUCCUAUCCAUUGUGCAACUAAGAGCUUUUGUGAAUCCUGUACUGACUGAAAUGAUUCAAACAUCAAAAAAAUUGAAGUUAGAGGAUCUAAACCAGGAAACAGACUGCAGGGAGAAAGCAGAGAUGCUAAAACUAUCUGUUACAAAUGUAGGAACAGAAGAAUGUGGUGAACACAGACGGAGACUGGAGUUGUUCUGUCAGGAGGAUGAGACAUUUGUCUGUACAAUGUGUGUUCCCAGGCAUUCCAGACACAGUUUUGUGCUCCUGCAUGAUGCAAUCAGCCACUAUAAGGACAAGCUGAAAACUGCUUUAACAGCUCUAGAGUGCAGAGUGAAACAUUUAAAAGAUUUGCAAAUCAAAAAGGAGAAGGAAAUUGCAGACAUACAGGAAGAUGUGUUUUCUUUGGAACAAUACAUUUCACAAGAAUUUGCAAAACUGCACCAGUUUCUGCAAGAGAAGGAGCAAAAACUCAUCCAGCAGCUUAAGAAUGAAUCCUCAGACAUUCUACAAGAAAUGGAAGAUGAUCUUGAAGGCACUGAGUGUGAUGUUUUAUCCUCCCAUGUGGUAGAGUCCACUGCUAACUCUGAUCUCAAGAAUAAAGAGGCAGAAGUUCUAAAAGACAGAGACACACACGUCCCCAUUCAAGCUGAUAUUACACCCACUAACAAGAUGUUGUCUGAUAAUCAUUUGGAGAUCAGAGAACAUAAAGCUGUUGGUUUGCUUACGGUGCCAGAAACCUUUGAGGAUGUUGCGGUUGCUUUUACUGAAGAGGAAUGGAAGAUGUUAAGAAAACAAGAUAAGGAGCUUCACAGAGAAGUGAUGGUGCAAAAUUAUGAAGCCUUGGUUUCAAUAGGAUUCAAAAUUGCUCCAGAGAAAUUAUUACUCAUAGUAAAAGAAGGCAGUUAUGUCCUAGAAAAAGAUGAAAAAGGGGAAACUAGCACAGAAGAGAAGUGUAAGCUCGAUGCCAGCUUCCACUGUGCCGGAACCACAGAAUGCAUUGCAGGUUACAGUCAGCAGCUGUCCCGUGGGACACCCCAGUUACUUUACCCAGAUAACGUCCAACAGUGUGCUCAGCCUGUGAAAAGCAGUAAGAAGACUGAUCUCACUCCUGUACCACUGCUUCAGUCAGUACACAACGGCAAGGCACCCGAUUGUGGAGAUGGAACACCCAUGUUACCUCACCCUACAGAAAGACUACAGCAGUGUGCACAGCCUGUGAAGGCCUGUAAGAAGUCUCAUCUCACUCAUAUGCCACAGGCUCUCUCGGGAUGUGACUACAGUAAGAGCCGUAACUACGGUAAGAGCCGUGACUGUAAUGCAGGUCGAGGAAAGCACACUGAGAAGAAACUAUAUAGAUGUACAGAAUGCAGUAAGGGCUUCACAACGCUUUCAAGCCUCAAACGGCAUUACGUCAUUCACACAGGCAUGAAGCCACAUACAUGUGCUGUAUGCAGUAAGAGCUUCAAACAUCUCAACAGUCUUCACUACCAUUAUGCUGUUCACACAGGAGUGAAGCCAUAUCAGUGUGCUGAGUGCAGUAAAUGCUUUAUAAAUAAGUCAAAUCUAAAAUCUCAUCAGAACUGUCACAUGGGAGAGAAACCUUAUAAAUGCAAUGAAUGCAAUAAGAGUUUCACACGCCUCAGUGAUGUGCGGCGGCAUGGAAGAAUCCAUACAGGAGAGCGCCCGUAUAAAUGUCUUGAAUGCAGUAAAUGUUUCUCAUCUGUCUCUAACCUUCAGGUGCAUAAAGCCAUUCACACAGGUGAGCGCCCAUACAAAUGUGCUGAAUGCAGUAAAUGCUUCUCACGUCUCUAUCUGCUUCAGGUGCAUCAAACCGUUCACACAGGAGAGAGACCAUAUAAAUGUGUUGAAUGCGGUAAGUGUUUCUCACGUCACUCUCGUCUUAAGCUGCAUGAAACCAUUCACACGGGAGAGAGACCAUAUAAAUGUGUUGAAUGCAGUAAGUGUUUUCGAUUAAAGGAGCUUCUAAAAAGACAUCAGAACUCUCACACAGGGAUAAAUGGUGAUUUAUGCAAAGAAGAAAGCCAGGUUAAUCAAUACAAAAAAAGCAGCCCCAAAGAUAUUUGAAGAGAAAUACAGCA